AUGUACGUUUACAAGAGAGGUGGACACAAAGAGCCGGUUAGAUUCGACAAGAUCACCGCCAGAGUCCAAAGAUUAUGUUAUGGUUUGGACACCAAGCACGUUGAUGCUGUGGCCAUCACCCAGAGAGUCAUCUCUGGUGUUUACCAAGGUGUUACCACCAUCGAGUUGGACAACUUAGCAGCCGAGACCGCCGCUUAUAUGACCACCAUUCACCCGGACUACGCCAUUUUGGCGGCCAGAAUCGCUGUUUCCAACUUGCACAAGCAGACCACCAAACAAUACUCUCAGGUUUCCAAAGAGUUAUAUGACUACAUUAACCCCAAAACUGGUAAACACUCUCCUAUGAUCUCGGACGAGACUUACGCGGUGAUCCAGAAACACGCCGAUGAGUUGAAUUCGGCCAUCGUAUACGACCGUGAUUUCAACUACAACUACUUUGGUUUCAAGACCUUGGAAAGAUCGUAUUUGUUGAGAAUCGACGGUAAAGUUGCUGAAAGACCUCAGCAUUUGAUCAUGAGAGUGGCCGUCGGUAUCCACGGUGAUGACAUCGAAAGAGUCAUUGAAACCUACAACUACAUGUCUCAAAGAUAUUUCACUCACGGUUCUCCAACCUUGUUUAAUGCUGGUACUCCAAGUCCUCAGAUGUCUUCAUGUUUCUUGGUGGCCAUGAAAGAAGACUCCAUUGAUGGAAUUUACGACACUUUAAAGACUUGUGCCUUGAUCUCCAAGAGUGCCGGUGGUAUUGGUUUACAUAUUCACAACAUUAGAAGUACUGGUGCUUACAUUGCUGGUACCAACGGUACUUCUAACGGAAUCAUUCCUAUGAUCAGAGUAUUCAACAACACUGCCAGAUACGUCGACCAAGGUGGUAACAAAAGACCUGGUGCCUUUGCCUUGUACUUAGAACCAUGGCACGCCGAUAUCUUUGACUUUAUUGACAUCAGAAAGAACCACGGUAAGGAAGAAAUUAGAGCUAGAGACUUGUUCCCAGCCUUGUGGAUCCCAGAUUUGUUUAUGGAAAGAGUUGAAGCGAACGGAGACUGGACUUUGUUCUCUCCAAACGAAGCUCCAGGUUUAGCUGAAGUUUACGGUGAUGAAUUUAAGCAAUUGUACGAAAAGUAUGAAAGAGAAAACAGAGGUAGACAAACCAUUAAGGCCCAAAAGUUGUGGUAUGCUGUCUUGGAAGCUCAAACCGAAACCGGUACUCCUUUCAUGUUGUACAAGGAUGCUUGUAACUUGAAGACCAACCAAAAGAAUUUGGGUACCAUCAAGUCUUCCAACUUGUGUUGUGAAAUUGUUGAAUACUCUGAUCCUGAGGAAGUUUCGGUUUGUAACUUGGCUUCUAUUGCUUUGCCAUCUUUUGUUGAAACUGAUGAAACCUCUGCUUGGUACAACUUUGAGAAAUUACAUGAUAUUUCCAAGGUUGUCACCAGAAACUUAAACAGAAUCAUCGACAGAAACUACUACCCAGUUCCUGAAGCCAAGAGAUCUAAUAUGAGAAAUAGACCAAUUGCUUUGGGUGUUCAAGGGUUGGCUGAUGCUUUCAUGGCCUUGAGAUUACCUUUCGACUCUCAAGAAGCUAAGGAAUUAAACAUUCAAAUCUUCGAAACCAUCUACCACGGUGCGGUUGAAGCUUCGAUCGAAUUGGCUGCUACCGAAGGUGCUUACGAAUCAUACCCUGGAUCCCCUGCUUCUCAAGGUUUAUUACAAUACGACUUAUGGAACAGAAAGCCUACUGAAUUGUGGGACUGGGACACUUUGAAACAAAAGAUGGCCAAACACGGUUUGAGAAACUCGUUAUUGGUGGCUCCAAUGCCAACUGCAUCUACUUCCCAAAUCUUGGGUAACAAUGAAUGUUUCGAACCUUACACCUCCAACAUGUACUCUAGAAGAGUGUUAUCAGGAGAAUUCCAAAUCGUCAACCCAUACUUGUUGAAGGAUUUGGUUGACUUGGGACUCUGGAACGAGUCAAUGAAGAACAACAUCAUCUCCAACAACGGUUCGAUCCAGGGAUUGACCAAUAUCCCCGAUCAAAUCAAGGCCUUGUACAAGACAGUGUGGGAAAUUUCUCAAAAGCAUAUUAUCGAUAUGGCUGCCGACAGAGCUGCCUUCAUUGAUCAGUCUCAAUCGUUAAACAUUCAUAUCAAGGACCCAACCAUGGGUAAGUUAACCUCGAUGCAUUUCUACGGAUGGAAGAAGGGUCUUAAGACUGGUAUGUACUACUUGAGAACCCAGGCCGCUGCUGCUGCCAUUCAGUUUACUAUCGACAAGAACUCCAUUGCCCUGGCCAAUGACACCGUUGCUGCUUUAGAAAUGUUGAACAAGAGAAAGUAUAAGGCUGUUGGAAGUGCUAUUGGUUCUGCUGACGAAGGUGACGCCGAUUUGUCUAUUUCCACCAGAUCUGGAUCCACCGAACCUUCCUCCAUCGAAAACUCUAUUGCGGACUUGAAGGUUUCCGAUGACAAGCCUGAAGAGCCUCAGGAUGUUGCCGAAGGUGAAGGUGAAGGUGAAACUGAAGCUGAUAUCUUCAGUUCCAAGGUGAUUGCUUGUGCCAUCAACAACCCUGAAUCGUGCACCAUGUGUUCUGGUUAG